AUGGCCACCACGGCUCAGUACUUGCCGCGCGGCGCCUCGCUCCUGCCCAUGUCCGCGCCGGAGGCCGAGCGGCUGCACCAGGGCCCCACCUACCGCGAGGUCCAGAAGAUGAUGCACCACGAGUACCUGCAGGGGCUGGCGGCCACCCCGGGCCACCCCAUGGGGACCCUCCCGCACCACCAGUGGCUGCAGGGCGCCACGGGCGACUGGGGCGGCGGCGGGACCCAUCUGGACCACGCCAAGGCCAGCGGCGUGCCGCGCGGAGACUUGGACGGCAGCGGAGGCGGCUUCCACUCGCGCUCCCACCUGGUGCACCAGCAGGCGACGGGAGGCGGCGGGGGUCACUGGGGCCAGGGCGGCCCCACGCACCACCACCUGGGCGGCUGCCCCGCCGCCAUGUCCCCGACGGCCGGCGGUCCGCAGCCCCUGCUCUACUCUCAGGCGGCGUACCCGGGGCUCAACGGGAUGCUGGGACCGCAGGCGCCCGCUCUCCACCUGCCGCACGGCCACGACGAGGUGUCCGAGGCCCACCUGGAGGGCUCCCCGACGCCGCUGGGCCACGCGGGGCCCGAGCCGCCCUCCGACGAGGACGCGCCCAGCUCCGACGACCUGGAGCAGUUCGCCAAGCAGUUCAAGCAGCGCCGGAUCAAGCUGGGCUUCACGCAGGCGGACGUGGGGCUGGCGCUGGGCACCCUGUACGGCAACGUCUUCUCGCAGACCACCAUCUGCCGCUUCGAGGCGCUGCAGCUGAGCUUCAAGAACAUGUGCAAGCUGAAGCCGCUGCUCAACAAGUGGCUGGAGGAAACCGACGCGGGCAGCGGCAGCCCGGCCAGCCUGGACAAGAUCGCGGCGCAGGGCCGCAAGCGCAAGAAGCGCACCUCCAUCGAGGUCGGCGUGAAAGGCGCGCUGGAGAGCCACUUCCUCCGCUGCCCCAAGCCGUCGGCCCACGAGAUCACCUCGCUGGCGGACUCGCUGCAGCUGGAGAAGGAGGUGGUGCGCGUCUGGUUCUGCAACCGGCGGCAGAAGGAGAAGCGCAUGACGCCGGCCGGGGGCCCGCACGCGCCCGCCAUGGAGGACGCUUACUCGCAGGGCGAGGCCUCCCCGCCGCUGCACCACACGCUCCGGAGCCCGGUGCCAUGA